AUGAAGGCGCGGGCAGCCAUCGCUCUGGUCGCCGGCCUUUUGGCAAACACCUCAACCGCCCAGACAUCUUUGGGGGAAUUGUCAUUUGGAUCACCUCAAUGUGGUAGUGGCAAACUGAACAACAUCAAUGCCGCGGACUGCAACACGGCGAUUCCUCAAUUGCUAGCAGCACACUGUUCUGGAGGUGUUUGCAGCAUCCCGGCCGCAACAGGCGGUGCCUUGGAGUCGGCUAUCUCUGUAUUGGUCGGGAAGUGUGAAGUCUUCAUUGGUGCCUUUGCAGACGGAAAAGCCGUCACUUUCAACGAGGAUUCGGUGCAACAGGCGUUCCCCGGCUUCAUUUCUCAAUGUCUUGCUACCUCUGGUGGCUUUGGCAGCCCUAUCUUGAUCAGCACUGACGGAGUUAUCCGCCUUGUCAUUUCAAACGGCCAGAGUGGUGGUGGCUAA